AUGCUGUUGCUACUGUCACUGCUGCCCCUCCUGCCGCCGCCGCUGCUGCCUCCACCGCCGCCAGCGCUGGUCCUGCUUUUGCUCUUACUUCUCCUGCAUGACAGUUGUUUUCUCCAUCUAAGCAGACAGCAGCUUCAGAUGCUCGAGGUGAGAAACAUGCCUUUCAGUUUGGGCUACUGGUUUACUUAAUCGACCCACCGUCAGCUCGGUUUCUAUUUUGGCCCCUGUCCUCUGGACCA